AUGAGUAGUAAUCUAGGAAAAGAAAAGGACUGUAAAGAAAAGGAUCCGAAAGUCCAGUCGUCAAAAGAAAGGGAGAAGGAGGCUAAGGCCUCUGGAGGAUUUGGGAAAGAGAGCAAAGAAAAGGAGCCUAAGACCAAAGGGAAAGAUGCCAAAGAUGGAAAGAAGGACUCCAGUAGCACGCAGCCUGGGGUAGCUUUUUCAGUGGACAACACGAUAAAAAGACCUAAUCCUGCCACAGGUACUCGCAAAAAAUCCAGCAAUGCUGAAGUGAUCAAAGAGCUAAAUAAAUGCCGGGAAGAGAAUUCAAUGCGCUUGGAUUUGUCCAAGAGGUCUAUACACUUGCUUCCAUCAGCUAUCAAAGAGCUAACGCAGUUAACAGAACUUUAUUUAUACAGUAACAAACUGCAGUGCCUACCAGCAGAGGUGGGCUGUCUUGUGAACCUGGUGACACUGGCUCUGAGUGAAAACUCACUCACCAGUUUGCCUGACUCUCUUGAUAACUUGAAGAAACUGCGCAUGCUUGACCUGCGGCAUAACAAACUGAGAGAAAUCCCCUCGGUGGUGUACAGGCUAAACUCCCUCGCCACUCUGUACCUACGCUUUAAUCGUAUAACUACUGUGGAAAAGGAUAUCAAAAACUUGUCAAAACUCACCAUGCUUAGCAUACGAGAGAACAAAAUCAAGCAACUACCUGCUGAAAUUGGUGAGUUGUGUAACCUCAUAACGCUGGAUGUAGCGCACAAUCAGCUUGAACAUCUUCCAGAAGAGAUUGGAAGCUGCACGCAGAUCACCAACCUUGACUUGCAGCACAAUGAGCUCCUGGACCUGCCAGAAACCAUAGGAAAUCUGUCCAGUCUAAGUCGUCUUGGCCUGAGGUACAAUAGGCUGUCAGCAAUUCCUAAGUCUUUAGCAAAAUGCAGUGAACUUGAUGAGCUGAACUUGGAGAACAACAACAUUUCUACUUUACCAGAGGGUCUUUUAUCCAGCCUUGUCAAACUGACUAGUUUAACAUUGGCCAGGAACUGCUUCCAGUCCUAUCCUGUGGGUGGCCCGUCCCAGUUCUCCACAAUCUACUCUCUCAAUAUGGAGCACAACCGCAUCAAUAAAAUCCCCUUUGGAAUUUUCUCUAGAGCUAAAGUAUUAAGUAAGCUGAAUAUGAAGGACAAUCAGCUGACGUCUCUCCCCUUGGACUUUGGGACUUGGACAAGUAUGGUGGAACUGAACUUAGCGACUAACCAGCUCACAAAAAUCCCUGAGGAUGUAUCUGGGCUUGUUUCUCUUGAGGUUCUUAUCUUGUCAAACAAUCUCCUAAAGAAACUUCCGCAUGGAAUUGGAAAUCUACGGAAACUCCGAGAGUUAGAUCUAGAGGAGAACAAACUGGAAUCCUUGCCAAAUGAAAUAGCUUACCUCAAGGAUCUGCAGAAAUUGGUUCUGACUAACAAUCAGCUGACCACCCUUCCCAGAGGAAUCGGUCACCUUACCAAUCUGACGCACCUUGGGCUCGGAGAGAACCUUCUCACACACCUUCCUGAGGAAAUUGGUACACUGGAGAAUCUGGAAGAACUGUAUUUGAAUGACAACCCCAAUCUGCACAGCCUUCCCUUUGAGCUGGCUCUUUGCAGCAAACUGUCAAUAAUGAGUAUUGAGAACUGCCCGCUCAGCCACCUUCCACCUCAGAUUGUUGCAGGAGGACCCUCCUUCAUCAUUCAGUUCCUAAAAAUGCAGGGACCAUAUCGUGCCAUGGUCUGAUGCUCAUCGACUUGUCCAAUACACUGUACAAAAUACAAACUGCAUUAAUGUUGUAAUUGUCUGUAUAUGUAUAUAUAAUAUAAUAUAUGUGGUUUAUAUUAUAUUAUAUAUAUAUAAAUAUAUAAAUAAUAUAAAGAGGCAAAUUUAAGACUGCAUUAUGUGUUUCUGCUAAUAGAGGAAUCAUAGCCAUUUAGAUUUUUUUUUUUUAUUCUGUAAAAAUGCUUGUCUAAGUUUUCUUUGCAGAACUUGAUGGAAGUUGUCUGAAUAAUCUGAAAAUGCCAGUUCAUUUAAAGCAAUUGCCAAUGAACUAAAAGUUUAAAUUUAAGGGAAAAAACAGUUUUGCUUAGAUAUGCUUUCAGUUAAGAGAAAUGUAUAACCUUUAUAUAAUGAACUUUUCUGUUUUCCUCCUCCCCCUCCUCGCCCCUUUUUUUUUUUUUUGUGUCAAAACCUGAAAGGGUCAUGUGCCCUGAGGUUGGGAUUUUCUUUUAACUUAUUUUGAGAUUUGAAGCAAAUGGUGUUUUUAUAUUGUUUACAGUCAGAGUAAAUCACUGGAUUUAGUUUUAUUCUGAUUUGCUCUGUUUUAAUCAAUCAUAUCUAGAGUUUAUAUGCCUCUGCUGAUGAAUUUUUAUCAACCAGUUUGUAUACUAAAAACAUACUCAUCAGAACAACUGGCAGGUGAAAAGGAUGCAGUCAAAACAAAAAGAAAAGAAAAAAAGCUUGAAUUCCUUUAAAUCUUGCUUCCCUGAGUUAUCAGUUGCAGGCAUAACAUAUCUGAACUGAGCCUUUUGCAGUUGGUCUUUUCUAGCACAAGUAAACCUUUUCAGAUUGGUAAAAAUGUGGAGUAUCCUCAGUGAAGAGCGGUUUUCAUUGUGUGAAGUAACAAGUCCAUGAGGUCUAACAGUACAGUUAAGUGACAAGGAAAUAAUAUAUAUGUACAUUUUUAUUACAAUGUUGAGUCAUAAACUACAACAGGCAAUUUUAAGGAUUCCUUAUAGACCUUGUACAAUAAAUGAAUGUGUCUUACUUUUAAACACUGCAAUAUAUGUAAGUUUUAAGGUUGGUUAACAAUGUACUAUGGUUUUAUAUCUUGACUUGCCUUGUACCUCCUUCCAUUAUGGAACUUCUGUGUCCAAGCACAAUAUCUUCACACUGUGCUGUUUUGCUGCUGAACUAAAUGCACUUUUCCCCACA